CUAAAUCCUACUUCUCAUGUCAACCAUUCUGAUCUACAGGUAGGUGAAAAUAAUGAUAACCCAGCUUGGGAAGCUAUUGGGUAUCAGGUAGACAAUGUUGAGAACUCGAACCCAGUAAGCAAGGAGAGGCCUCUUCAGAAAGGAAUGAUUGAGACAAUGCACGAAACGGACUCAACCCUUCUCCAAUCCCUAAUACAGAAAGGCCUCCAAGUUACCGAAGAUACCGAAAGAAACGUCUACAAGAUCAAAUGUGAUGCUGUGAUAGUUGGCUCUGGAUGUGGUGGUGGUGUUGCAGCCGCAAUGCUGGCCAGUUCUGGCCUGAAAGUUGUCGUCCUAGAGAAGGGGAGCUAUUUUGCUCCGUCAGAUUAUUCCCCCUUUGAAGGCCCCUCAAUGGAUCAAUUAUAUGAAUCAGGUGGAAUCCUUCCAAGUAUUGACGGACAGAUGCUAAUUCUUGCAGGCUCCACAGUGGGUGGUGGCUCAGCUGUCAACUGGUCAGCAUGCAUCAAAACACCAAAAUCCGUACUUCAAGAAUGGGCUGAGGACUGUCAAAUCCCACUUUUUGGGAGUCCUGAAUAUCUUUCAGCCAUGGACAAUGUUUGCGAGAGAAUUGGUGUCACAGAAAAUUGUAAAGAGGAGGGAUUUCAGAAUCAAAUACUUCGAAAAGGGUGCAAAAAUCUUGGUCUUGAAGUGGGGAAUGUGCCACGGAAUUCCUCAGAGAGCCAUUACUGUGGAUCUUGUGGGUUUGGUUGCAGAAGAGGAGACAAGAAAGGGACUGAUCGUACGUGGCUAGUAGAUGCUGUUAGUAAUGGUGCAGUGAUUUUAACAGGAUGCAAGGCCGAGAAAUUCAUAUUAGAGAAAAACAAGAUCGGCAGUAAAAAGAAAUUGAAAUGCUUGGGAGUAAUUUCAAAAACUUCAAACAGGAAUAUCACCAAGAAACUGCAUAUAGAAGCCAAAGUAACAAUAUCAGCAUGUGGUGCUCUUUUGACACCCCUUUUAAUGCAUUCUAGUGGGUUGAAGAAUCGGAAUAUUGGUCGAAACCUUCAUCUCCACCCCGUCCUAAUGGCCUGGGGUUACUUUCCUGACUCAGAUUCAGAGUUCAAGGGGAAAGUAAAUGAGGGUGGAAUAAUCACUUCAGUGCACAAGGUGGUAGCAGAAGACAACAAAGUGCGAGCCAUCAUAGAAACCCCUUCACUAGGGCCAGCCCAGUAUGCAGCUUUGUGCCCUUGGGAGUCCGGUAUUGACAUGAAAAGAAGGAUGCUAAAUUUUUCCAGAACAGCUCAUAUGAUAACAAUAAUAAGGGAUCAGGGAUCUGGAAAAGUUCAUGCAGGGGGACGGGUAACCUACAAGUUUGAUGCAUUGGACAGACAAAACAUGCAAGCUGGUUUGAGACAGGCAUUGAGGAUUUUAGUAGCUGCUGGAGCAGUUGAGGUAGGCACCCAUCGCAGUGAUGGGCAGAGCAUCAGAUGUAAAGGGAUAAGCAAUAAGGAGUUAGAGGAGUUUCUAGAAUCAGUUUCUCCAGUAGAAGGCCCAAUGUUCCCUGCAGAAAAAUGGGUCCCCCACACUAGUGCUCAUCAGAUGGGCAGCUGUAGGAUGGGGAUUAAUGAAAAAGAAGGUGCAGUUGAUGAGAAUGGAGAGAGCUGGGAAGCAGAAGGAUUAUUUGUUUGCGAUGCAAGUGUUCUUCCAGGUGCUGUUGGAGUGAAUCCCAUGAUUACUGUCCAGUCCACUGCUUAUUGCCUUUCAAAGAGAAUAGCAGAGUCUUUAAGACAAAAACUAGCCUUCUGAAGUUUAUAACUCCUUCAUCAACAGCCUGAAGAUUGACGAUAAAUGUAUUUUAUAAGUUUAUAUGCUUGCGUUUUACUGAAGAAUAAGAAACAGAGAGGAUGGUAAAGUCUGUAAAACUUGAUCAUAUAGUGACAACAGAAAGGGAUUUAAUUUUCUUUUUACUUUCCACCAUCUCAUAGAAUUACGGACUUUAGGUUUUCUAAGCUUUCAGUAACAUAGUUUACAGCAA